GCACAAAAAUGUCAUAAGUAGAAAGAUCUAUAACCUAAAAUAGUUUUUAUGCAAAAAGUUAUUCAAAAACGGAUUAUUCAAUAUAAUAAUAGCAAUACAAUAAAUGGGGAAACUCCAUUUAGUUCAAACAUUAAAAAAAGAUGCUGGUCGAGUAUGGAAUCUCGACUGGCACCCCAAAGGGGACGUUUUAGCUUCUUGUGGGGAAGAAAAAGCAAUUAGAAUAUGGACGAAAGAUUUGUCUGGAAAAUGGACAAAUAAAGUGGUCCUGACAGAUGGUCAUAAAAGGACGGUACGACAGGUUUCUUGGUCACCUUGUGGCAAUUAUCUAGCUUCUGCCAGUUUUGAUGCAACUACAUGUAUCUGGGACAAGAAAAGCGGCGAAUUCGAAUGCAACGCAACUUUAGAAGGACACGAAAAUGAAGUAAAAAGUGUCGCGUGGUCAAAAUCAGGUAAUUUAUUAGCUACAUGUAGUAGAGAUAAAUCUGUCUGGGUAUGGGAAGUAGCAGAUGAAGACGAAUACGAUUGUGCCGCAGUUUUAAACGCGCAUUCCCAAGAUGUGAAAAAGGUAAUGUUCCACCCCGACAGGGAUUUACUUGCUUCAGCUUCAUAUGACAAUACUAUCAAAUUUUUUCGUGACGAUCCCAUCGAUGGUGACUGGGUAUGUUGUGAAACAUUAUCAGGUCAUGAAUCAACAGUUUGGAGCAUUUGUUUUGAUAAAACCGGAAGCAGAUUAGCCUCUUGUAGUGAUGAUAACACCGUUAAAAUAUGGAAAGAAUAUCUUCCUGGGAAUAUUGAAGGUGUACAGACUCAAGAUGAUGAUUCUACAUGGAAAUGUGUUUGUACAUUAGCAGGGUAUCAUCAAAGAACAGUGUAUGAUAUUAGUUGGUGUCAUUUAACAGGACUGAUAGCAACGGCAUGCGGUGAUGAUGCCAUUAGGGUUUUUAAAGAGGACGAAGGAAGUGAUCCAAAUAGUCCUAAUUUUAGUUUAGUUUGUACGGUUGAAAAUGCACAUAAUGAAGAUGUGAAUUGUGUUGUGUGGAAUCCUAUAAUACCAUACUUAUUAGCUUCUUGUAGUGAUGAUGGAGAAAUUAAAAUAUGGGAAUUUCUGGAUUAAACUAUAGUUAAAAGUAAUUAUAUAAGUCUUAUAUCAAAAUUGUUGGUUAUGAAAUAAAUUUAAUAAAAUAAA